CCUCUCUGUCUCUCUCCCCCGCCACCCCCCAUUUCUUUUCCUUCGCCGAGACUGGAAAUGGCCGCCGAGCGGUAGAGAGCCGAACGGGAGCUGUCGCUCAGAGAAGGGAAUUAAACAUUUGAGUGCAUACCAAUAAUUUUAAAUCCAUUUCUUGUCUAGCAGGAUUGCAAGGUGUAAGCUACUCGGGGAAAAAUGGGUCGCUCUAACACUAGAUCACAUUCUUCAAGAUCAAAAUCCAGAUCACAGUCGAGUUCAAGGUCAAGAUCCAGAUCACACUCUAGAAAAAAGAGAUACAGUUCUAGGUCUCGGUCUAGGACGUACUCACGAUCUCGCAGUAGAGAUCGUGUUUAUAAUAGAGAUUACCGCAGAGAUUACAGAAAUAAUAGAGGAAUGAGACGCCCCUAUGGCUAUAGAGGAAGAGGUAGAGGAUAUUAUCCAGGAGGUGGAGGUAGAUACCACCGUGGAGGUUACAGACCUGUUUGGAAUAGAAGACACUCUCGAAGCCCUAGACGAGGUCGCUCACGUUCUAGAAGUCCAAAGAGAAGGUCAGUCUCUUCCCAGAGAUCUCGGAGCAGAUCUCGCCGAUCCUACAGAUCUUCCAGGUCUCCAAGAUCCUCUUCAUCUCGGUCUUCAUCUCCAUAUAGCAAGUCUCCUGUAUCUUCUAAAAGACGUGGGUCAUCAGAAAAGCAAGCAAAGAAAACAGAGGGAGCUGCUUUACAAGACAGUCCAUUAAAAAAUAAAUCACAAGAGGAGGAGAAGGGUGCAUUUGAACAUGAUCCUUCUGAGGCACUAGAUGAUUUCAGUAAAUCUGCAGCAGCUUCAGGUGAUAUUUGGCCUGGCCUUUCAGCAUAUGAUAACAGUCCAAGGUCUCCCCAUAGUCCUUCUAUUGCUUCCCCACCUAGUCAGAGUUCCUCAUGCUCUGAUGCCCACUUACUCAGCACAGUCCACUCAGCAAAAAACACACCUCAGCACUCGCAUUCCAUUCAGCAUAGCCCUGAGAGGUCUGGGUCUGGCUCCCUUGGAAAUGGCUCUAGUCGCUAUAGCCCUUCCCAGAAUAGCCCACUGCAUCACAUUCCUUCAAGGAGAAGUCCUGCUAAAGCAGUUGCAUCGCAGAAUGCUCCACGUGAGGAAUCUCGGAUACGUUCUUUUUAUCCUGAAGCUGGGGAUCAAGAAAGUACAAAGGGUGCAAAAUUUCUGAAAAGGUACACAGAUGAAGAGUCUAGAGUAUACCUGCUUGAUAGGAGUAAUGCUAGGGAGAAAGAUGGUCAGAAGGAGAGAGGGCUAGAAAAAGGGAGGACAGAGGGAGAGAGAGAGUGGGAGGACCAAGAAGCUUUGGAAUAUUAUAUGGAUAAAGAAUCUGGAAAACAAAAAUUUAAUGACUCUGAAGGGGAGGACACAGAGGAGACUGAAGAUUAUAGACAGUUCAGAAAGUCUGUUUUGGCAGAUCAGGGUAAGGGCUUUGUUGCAUCUCACCGGAAUGCUGAGGAGGAAAGCUCAAAGUAUAAAUCUAAAAUCUCUCUAAAGGCAAACAGAGAAAGUGAAGGAUUUAGAGAAGAUAAAAGUUACAAGCUUAAAGACACAACUAGCUAUGUAGUGGAGAGGCCUAGUGCACUAAAAGAUAAGCACAAGGAAGAUGAGAAAGUAUCUGAGAGAAUGAUGAAGAAAGAAAACCAAUCACCUGAGCAGGUAAAGUCUGAGAAGCUCAAAGAACUCUUUGAUUAUAGUCCUCCCCUGCACAAGAAUUUGGAUGCAAGAGAGAAAUCUACUUUCAGGGAGGAGAGCCCACUUAGGAUCAAAAUGAUAGCCAGUGAUUCUCAUCGACCUGAAGUUAAACUUAAAAUGGCACCUGUACCACUUGAUGAUUCAAACAGACCUGCUUCCUUGACUAAAGACAGGCUGCUUGCUAGUACACUUGUCCAUUCAGUCAAGAAGGAGCAAGAAUUCCGAUCCAUCUUUGACCACAUUAAGCUACCACAGGCCAGCAAAAGCACAUCAGAGUCAUUUAUUCAGCACAUUGUGUCCUUAGUUCAUCAUGUCAAAGAACAAUAUUUCAAGUCAGCUGGAAUGACCCUAAGUGAGAGGUUCACUGCUUAUCAGAAGUCUACUGAAGAACAUAGCACCCGGCAAAAGAGUCCUGAAAUACACAGGAGGAUUGACAUCUCUCCAAGUGCCCUGAGGAAGCAUACCCGUUUAGCGGGAGAAGAGAGAGCCUUUAAAGAAGAAACUCAGAAAGGAGAUAAAAAAUUAAAGUGUGAUGCUGCAGAUCUUCGACAUGACAUCGACCGUCGUAGAAAAGAAAGAAGUAAAGAACGAGGAGACUCUAAAGGUUCCAGAGAAUCCAGUGGAUCAAGGAAGCAGGAGAAAAUUCCAAAGGAUUACAAGGAUUAUAAAUCUUACAAAGAUGACAGUAAACAAAAAAGAGAGCAAGACCGUUCUCGAUCUUCCUCAACUUCCUCCCCAUCUUCCUCCUCAUCCAGUUCCCGAGAAGAAAAGGACAGCAAGAAAGAAAGAGAUGAAGAAUUUAAACCCCAUCACGAGCAGAAAGAAUACCCAGGUUUUACAGGAGUUGGAAGACCUAGAGGCACAUUUUUUCGAAUUAGGGGCAGAGGAAGAGCCAGAGGCGUGUUUGCUGGAACAAAUACUGGUCCCAGCAACUCAAACACUACUUUUCAAAAGAGGCCGAAGGAGGAGGAAUGGGAUCCUGAAUAUACCCCAAAAAGCAAGAAAUACUUCUUGCAUGAUGACAGAGAUGAUGGUGUAGAUUACUGGGCUAAAAGAGGAAGAGGUCGUGGCACUUUCCAGCGCAGCAGAGGAAGAUUCAACUUCAAAAAAUCAGGUAGCAGUCCAAAGUGGACACAUGACAAAUACCAAGGGGAUGGGCUUGUGGAAGAUGAAGAAGAAACAAUGGAAAAUGAAGACAAGGAGAGACGUAAAGAAGAAAAAGAAUAGUAAAUUUGAAGAUGAACUACAGCUGAAAACAUCUAUGUGCUAUCUACACAGCGUUAUAAUAUGACUUGUCUUCAAAUGAAUGUAAGCAUUUUACUUAAAUUUUAUUGUUGGAGAGUAGUUUAGUUUAGUUUUUGUUCUUUUGCAAUCUCACUAAAUAGUAACUGUUGAUGAUUAUACAAAAGCAAGUAGAAAAAGUACAAUACUAUUUGUCAUGAGCAUCUUUUAAAAAUGUUUACUGAUUGUUAUAAGCAGUGUAACUUUGCUUUGUCCAGAAUAUAUGGUGAGAGAACCCUGAAAGUUGUAUUUCAUUGCCCCUUCCACAGCUGUGUUUAUUCUAAAGUAAAACUUAGGUCUGCACAUCUAAAUCUUGAGGCAGCGUUUUAAAAUAAAUCAGUACUAAAGAUCAAUUCUAUGAUGGAGUUAGUAAUUUCCUGAACUUUUUAUUUGUGUGGCUUAUGUUUAAAUUGCAGCAUAAUAUUACUUUGACUGAUUUGGGGUGGGAGACUAAUAAUUUGUUUAAUGCAGCCACCAAAUGUCUCAACAUUUGAACAGCACUGCAAGAUUAAGGAUUUGCAAUCUGUUUUCACAAAGCUUGCUAUUGAUCACGUUUGAGAACCUGAGUAAUUUGCUAUCUUUUGUAUCCCAUUUUCUGAAAAAUGAGUGCAAAUAGGACAUUAUGCAAGUCAGUGUUGGGAUCUUAUUAAUUCUCUCAUACAUUCACAUUUCUAGAACACGAUGGGAGUUCUCUUCUGAACUGAUCUAGAUCUGACAAGUAGAGCUGUAGCUUAACAGGUGCUACGUUUCUCCGUCCACAUACCCUUACUGCUAAUGGGGAAAUGCCUCAACUGUUUGUGCAACAGCACUAAAAGUAGCUUGACCUUCUGCAUACUUUUCUUACAAGAAGACUUGUCCUACAUUCCAAACCUUUAGGCGUACGACAGAAAGAGGUAAAUUGUAGUGAAAAAGUUACCUUUAACACAAGCAUGUUUCAGUGUUUUCCCCCCCAGAGUUUACAUGCAUAAUAAACAUAGUCUUAUGUAAAGCACUAGAUGCUAUCCAUUUAUAACAUUUAAGCAGUGUGUAUAACGAAAUGACAUUAUUACUGCAGGAACAUUAGAGGAAGACUCACUGACAUCUCGUGAAAGUGUUGGCCAGAAAACUCAUGGCAAUAUUGAUCCAGCUACCAAAUGUACCAAUCUUUUCCCCAGUUUGUAAAAUAGUAUUUUCCGUGGGUUUUCUUCAGAUAAAUAACUUGACCAUUUGGAUAUCUUCAUGUUUUCAGUCUUCAGUGGAAUAAAGAUGUGAAAAUUCUAAAAUGA